AUGGACCUGAUAAAGAUAUACAAGAAGAAUGAAAUUUUAAAAGAUUAUGUAAACAUAUAUUUGGAUGAUGAUAAGUUAAAAAAUGUUGAAAGAAGUAUCAAAUAUAAAAUUUUACAUAUAAUAGGGAAUGGAGUAUAUGGAGUUGUUUAUAAAGCGUGCUGUUUGGAGAACCUUUGUGUGGUUGCUUUGAAGCAGACUUAUCAGAAGAAUACAAGAAUUUUUAAAGAAAUAGAAAUUAUGAAAAAAUUAAGACAUCCAAAUAUAGUAAAAUUAAAACAUGCAUUUUACACUACCAGUUCUUAUGGAGGGGUUUAUGUUCAUAUGAUUAUGGAAUAUGGAAAUACUGAUUUAGCUACUUCUCUAUACUAUAUUAGUAUAAAAAAUUCACCUGAACAUGUUAAUCAUUUAUAUGACACAAGUGAUAAUCAAGAUAUAUAUGUAGAAAAUGGAAAUCUCAGCCAUACAUAUGGUGAAAACUAUGUGCUCCACCAUAAUAAAUUUGAAAAUGUAAACUUCGCCACUAACAAAGUUAAUGUUAUUGAAGAAGAGAUGCACAGGUGUCCGAAGACACACAGAGAUGAUGCCAAGUGUGCAGAUGAGGAGACUCAUAAUGGGGAGACUCAUAAUGGGGAAACUCAUAAUGGGGAAACUCAUAAUGGGGAGACUCAUAAUGGGGAAACUCAUAAUGGGGAAACUCAUAAUGGGGAGACUCAUAAUGGGGAAACUCAUAAUGGGGAGACUCAUAAUGGGGAGACUCAUAAUGGGGAAACUCAUAAUGGGGAAACUCAUAAUGAGGGAACUGAUAAUAAUAACGAGAAACCAUAUUUUGUUGACACCUCUAACCAGUUUAAUCAUGGAAAAGUUAGUAUUCCAAGUGGAGAAAAUCAACAUAUACAUAGCACAUCAAUCAGAAGUAUGAACAGUGUGAGGAAAAGCGGAACAGUGAACAAUUUUGUAAACAUUGCAAAUGAUGAUCUGCUGUGCAAUAAUGCACAGUGGAAGAAUAAAUUAAAGAAAAAGUCUUUAAAGGAUUUCAACUUAAACGCCUUGGAAGGAAGAAGUUUACGUCACAUUUGUCCAGAUCACAACAUUACUGAAUAUAUUAAAAACAGUUUUUUAAAUGAAAAUCAAAUAAAGAUAUAUCUCUAUCAGUUGAUUAGAGCCACGUUAUAUUUACAUAGUCUCUGCAUCACUCAUCGUGAUAUAAAGCCACAAAAUAUUCUUAUAUUUCUAAACAAGGAAUGGAGUAAUAAUGACACAACAACACUCCAGAAGAAUCAGAAGGAGAAAGAGUGUUUAGUGUGCAUUCAGAAUUCUGUCAAAGUUAGGUACAUUAUGGAUAGGAAGCAAGGGCGUACAAAUAGAGCUGCCUCCAGUGCAAGAAAUCCACAUCACAAUCAGAGCGAUCCAAUCGAUCUGAACAACCGUGGUGGUCCAACCGAUCCGAUCAACCAUGAAGACCAAACCAAUCUGAACAGUUAUGGCAACUUAACAGAGCUAACCAAGCUGAUCGAUUCGACCAACUAUGGAGACUUAACUAAGCUAACCGAGCUGAUUGACCCAACUGAUCGGACCGAUCCGAGUAAGGUGCAAAGGAAAAUUUUGACAAAACAUGAUUACAAUAUGAGCAACGAACACAGGUUGAGGAACAAUCGUAACUACCUAAGUAAUAGAUACAAAAAAAGCACACCUCUUCUUUCUAACUUGGAGUUGGAAAAUAAAGAGGAGCCCUACUCUUUUGAUGUCAAAGACAAAUGGAUCAGUAGUCACCAUAACAGGAGCAAUAACAGGAAAGUAGAAAAUUGUUAUACCUUCUGCAGUAGAAGCAGCACGCCUCUAUCAUGCAAAAGUGUGAAAAAUCAUUUUAAAAAACAAGAUGUAAGACUGAAGAGAUCAUUGAGUGUGGUUCAUUUGUUUAAAGACAAACAAGAUAUAAGAAGUAAUAAAUCAUACGAUAGCUACUCUCAUUCAUCGAAAAAAAUUUCUAACAAUGACAUGAAAAAAAAAAAAAAAAAAAAAAAAGUGCAUCUAGGAUUAGCUCAUUCUUAUGCAAAUGUUACAAUGACAGAUCAGGAAAGUGUUAAACUGAGUAAAAGUUAUAAUACCAUCCGCAAGGUGCUAAGCAAGGAUUCACCACACCAUCAUGAUGCUUCAGCAACACAUUGUGAGAAUGAUUCACCACUCCAUCAUGAUGAUACAGCAACACAUUGUAAAAAUGAUUUACAACUUCACGACAAGAGCAUUUGUCACAACUUUGAGAAAUUCCUAAAUGAAAGUGAAAAAAAACAAAAGGAAGAAAUUCUCCAAUCUGAUAAAGUACACAUGAACGACAAACAUGACGAACCAGAAAAAAAUAAUCCAGAUACAUUAUAUAUGAACAACAUCAUGUACAAAUAUAUUAAAUUGUGCGAUUUCAACAUAUCAAUUAAGUUAAAGGAAAACUACAAAUAUUUCAGUUAUGUUUGUUCAAGGUAUUACAGGGCCCCAGAGUUACUUUUUGGAUCCAACCAUUACAGCCAAGCUAUUGACACGUGGUCUAUAGGCUGCGUCAUGGGAGAAUUGAUCCUUGGAAAACCUCUCUUCCUGGGAGAUUGUGCAUCAGACCAACUAGUAGAAAUAAUUAAAGUCUUGGGAACACCAAAUGAUGAAGAUGUUUUAUCAUUUCGAAGUGGUCAUAAAGAUGUGAAAUUUCCUCAAGUGAAACCAAUAACAUUAAAAGAAUUAAUUAAAAACCAAAGUUCCCAAGAGAGUAUUGAUUUACUGGGAAAAUUACUGCAAUUCAAUCCACAGAAGAGAAUUAAAUUGUGCAGUGCUUUAUUACACACGUAUUUUGAUGACAUAAGGAAUUUAAACGUUUUUAAAAAAGAUAUGAAUUCAGAUAAUUCUUUCACUUUGCCUUAUAUCACUAAUUGCUUUAAUUUCACAAAAGAAGAGUUAUUACAUUUUACAGUUGAAGAACGUAAAAUACUUGUACCAUUAGAGGUGCGUCGUAGAAAAGUAGAUGAAGUUAUGCAAUAUAUAGACAUGACUUUGGAAGCUUUCGACAAGUUAUAUCCAAACAAGGUGCAUUUGGCUUGUUAA